CAGAUAACAGCAGCACAGGAGCAGCACAACACUGACAGCAUUAUGGGGCCUCGUCUGUGGAUCCUGAUGCUCAUAGUGACUCACAUCACAGCGUUCAGACGUCCACGAGAUCUUCCAACCUGUCAUGUGUUCCAUGAAGAGGCCGACUGCAGCAAUCUGGACCUCAGAAGCAUCCCAACGCAACUGCCGGCCACCAUCCAAACGCUCGAUCUGUCUCAUAACCGUCUGCAGAACCUCACGGACGACGUUCUCCUGGCCUACUCCAGCGUUCGGCAUCUCAACCUUCACUCCAACAAGAUCCAGUUCAUCCAGCCGGGCCUCUUCCAGGCCUUGACCCGUCUGCAGGUGCUAGAUCUCUCCAGGAACUUCCUCGACCUUCACGCUGCUCUGAAAGCCCCCGUUGGGCCGCUCACUUCAGUACAGCGCCUCGAUCUCUCAGGAAAUGGGCUGUUUACUGAUAUGAGCGGCUACUUCCUGAGCAAUGCCCCGGCCCUCACCAACCUCUCAUUAGAUGGGAACAGCAUUACCAAAAUCUGCAGAGACACAUUUAAUGGAACUCCAGCUCUGAGAAACAUCGAUUUACAUAAUAACGUUAUCAUAGACAUCGAAGAAGGUGCCUUCGAGUCUUUGAGCCAUCUCUCUGAACUUGAUUUGUCCGUGAACUCCAUUUCUUGCAUCAUGGAUUUCAACCUCUUCCAGCUCAAAAUGUUGAACCUGAGCCAAAACAGCAUGACCAACUUCCAGACCAUCGACUCGGAGCUGGAGUUUGAGCUGCUGUACUUGGACUUGAGGGAAAAUAAGAUUAUCUUUCCGGUUCUGCCCCGGAGGAACAAGCUCAUAUAUCUGGACCUGUCCAGAAACCUCUUGAGAAGCGUGAACUGCUCGGGUCCGUUAGAAGAGCUGGAGAAUCUGAGGGACAGCGGGUAUCUGUUGAACGAUCUCGACAAACACAUUUCUUGCAUCAGUAAGAGGCAUCAAGAUCUACCGAGGUUACUGUACUUGGACUUGAGUUACAACCAGCUCAAAUCAGUUCCCUCCUCGUUCUUCAGCAGUAUGGAGUCUUUGGAGACCCUCAACAUAAGCAAUAACUGUUUGGAGAGCUUCAGUGUGGACACGGAAAGUCCUCUGAGCGCUCUUAAAACCCUGGACAUCAGCUUCAACAACCUGCACAACCUGUCGUUCGGGGAGAGGACACUGGCUGCACUGGAGGUGCUGCGCCUGCAGGGGAAUGCUCUUAGCACGUUAGACGGCAGUAUCUUCUCAAGGCUGCCCAGCAUCCGCAGUCUCCAUCUUCAGCAGAACCAACUGAGCAUCUGUCCUUCUCAAUUGGGUCCAGCGAAAGCCUGCGUCUCCCUGUCUCGCAUCUCCACCUUGAGUUACCUGUACCUCUCCGACAACACCCUCUUUUCCGUUCCACAAAGUGCGUUCCAGGGCAGUCCGCUGCUCAUCCUGGACCUGUCUCUGAACCCUGGCGUAGAGGUCAGUCCUCUGUUUCUCUCAGGUUUGGAGACCACCCUGUCCCAUCUGUCUCUGAGGGGAAACCAGCUCCAAACGCUACCAGUCGACUUCACCCACUUCCGAAACCUAAAGUGGUUAGAUCUGUCAGUGAACCGGCUCUCAGGGUUGUCUCUGUGGAGCGGAGACUCUUCCGUUGAGUCGCUGAACUUGCAGAAUAACAGUCUGGUGACGCUCGCGCCCGACAUGCUGCAGAAAGCGCUCAGGACUUUGUAUGUGGGAUCGAACCCGCUGAGCUGCUGUAGAAACCAGCACCUGCUCACCCUCCUACAGCAGGACAGACUGAUGGUGCCCGACAUCGCCACCACGACCUGCUGGUACACCAAUGCCUCGGAAAACAUGGAGAUCAGCGUGAGCGCCGUGCAGCCGGAGCUCUGCAAAUCUGCGGAUGCUAAAGUGUUACUGAUAUGCGUGAUUGUUGUGUUAGUGUUAGGACUGAUGCUGGUGUUGACUGUCGUCAUGAAGCUCCUGUGUCACUCCAGAAGACAACAAUUCAACAGAGGCAUCAAAGCUUAAAACAAAACUGAAGGACAAAAGAGGAAAACGAAACCGAAGCGCUCUCACCAGACUGUGGUGCCGCAUGCAUGACUGCGACCGCAUCAGCGGGUUUCAGUAUGGAACGCGUGGGUCUCUGGAACCAAAUGUGAAAUGCAGAACAUUGAACACAUUGUAUUUGGUUUUAUAACACAAUGUAUUAAUGGCACAUCAACAGACAUGAGAACCCAAAGAACAGGAGUUUGGGGGCCGUUCACAAUUCUUGGUUGUACUUCAGACCGCUGAAAGCAUGUGUAGGGUUGCCAACUUUACACAACGUGAAUGUGGGUCUUCUGAGCAUUUGAUAGGGUCCCCUCACGCAGGGGGGGAGGGGGAUGGCAUUUUACAUUUACAUUACAUUACAUUUCUGCAUUUGGCAGACGCUUUUAUCCAAAGCGACUUACAGUGCACUUAUUACAGGGACAAUCCCCCCGGAGCAACCUGGAGUUAAGUGCCUUACUCAAGGACACAAAAGUGGUGACUGUGGGGAUCAAACCAGCAACCUUCUGAGUACCAAUGUAUUAUACAGUGCACUUAUUACAGGGACAAUCCCCCCGGAGCAACCUGGAGUUAAGUGUCUUACUCAAGGACACAAUGGUGGUGACUGUGGGGAUCAAACCAGCAACCUUCUGAGUACCGGUUAUGUGCUUUUGCCCACUACGCCAGCACCACCAUGCCAUUCUAAGUAUUGGCCAAAUUGCAGGACAUCCCCACUAAUACAGGACAGUUGGCAACCCUAGUCCCGUUUGAACGCCCCCCUAAACAGUUGUACUGAUCAGAAUGAGCCUGAAUGUCCUUUUUAUUUAAUGAAGAAACACGAUAGAUAAUAAUGCAGUUAGGCAAAUGGAUGUACUGUAGGAUACACACCUCUACACUCUCGGCUGUAUACGCACUUUAAUGGUUGUGAUUUAUAAGAAGCAAAAUGUUUCUGCAAUAUUUCAAUAGUGCUGGAGAUAUGAGCAGUGUUCAGCGCAGUCAGGCAUCACUGGAGAGUUCUAGAGAUACACACGUGGAGUGUUUUCAGUCUAAAUGCUUUUAUACGUGUAGCGUGUAUGAUGUGCAUUAGUAGAAGGCAUCUGAUUGGACAUGAGGAAGGGUUAUUGCAGUAAAGCAUGCAGCUUGUUUCCUCAGUUUGAGGGGCCGCUGGAUCUCUAUCGAAUGAUUGUAAUUCUGAUGUUUUCAAGAUGUUUAGCUGAUGUUAAUUAGAUUGUGAUGCUUUCCAGAAAUCUCUGAGAUGGACCUGUGCUAUCUGGGUAGUUACGUUCAAUUCCGCUAAACUCAGAGACUUUAUCUUUCCAGCGCAGUCAGAAAUAAGUCUGACCCUGGAGUCUAUAUUAGGCAGUGUGUAUUCACCACAGAUAAAGAUAGGCAGGAAAUCCCUGUUGAGGGAGCGUACAUCAUCACUGCAGGUAUUAAUAGCAGUUUGUUUCAUACGCUGUUGACAGUAAUGAGAAACGCUUCCUCCUGUCAGUCUGAGUCACGGCCGCAUAGACACGCCCCCUUCUGCUUUUCAACUACACAUGACAGUCGCUCUGCACGAUGAAACCUGCAAAAGUCUCCACACACACACACACACACACACACACACACACGUCAUUAUGAGCACCACUACACUUCUAUAUGAAGGAACUAUUAC